CUGAUCCUUUUCAUCAUUAUUGGUGUAAUCAUGAUCUCCACCCUGAGAAAACGGAACAAUCCAACACUACAGAAAAAAGCCACGAGAAGUGAUGAUAAUAAGCUGGUUAAAAGUGUGCUGUAUAAAACUCUGCUGCAGUUUAUCAUCAUCGGAUGCUUCUGGACUGUGGGCUUCUUUACGGAGAGCAGUGAGGUGGUGAAGAUCCUCUUCUUGAUCGUCAACUCCCAGCAGGGCACCUUCAUCUUCCUCAUCCACUGCGUCCUCAACUACGAGGUCAGGCUGCAGUACAAGAGUUUUCUGAAUAGAUUCUGCUUCUCUAGUAAAGCCAAAAAUUGAAGAUUGCGCCACCAUCCCUACAAAACAGUUCAAACACACAAGAGGAUGUGUUUAUGUGUAUAAUAUAUGUAUAGUAGAAAACAAAUAUCAUAUGCACUUUGUGACUACAAAUAUUUAAUUUUAACUUUUUAAUUUUUUUCUGCAAGUAUAUUUACUAAGUUAGAUUUCCUUUAAAAGAAAUUCUCAGUUUCAUUUAAGUUUAAUUACUAAAACAAUAUAAUCUAUAUAAUCUAAUUCCAGCUGGAAUCUCUGCCACGAGAGGCAGCAACACUUGUGUCUGUAAUUGCUGUUGUUUUUUCUUGUACUCUGUGUUCUCUUUUCUCAUUUUUAUGAAAAAUAUAUCAUUUCUAAAUUAUUUUACAUAUGUUUGUUAAAUAUGAUCAUUUAACCCACUGCGUAUGUAGAGCAAGAUUUGUUUUUUCUACUCUGUAACAGUGAAGUAAUGCUCAUAAUGUAAUAUAAUAUAUGGUCAAUCUGUUUGUACAAUCCUGCCGACUACGCCAAAUGUAGGAAAUU